AUGCCGCCCCUGCUGUGGCGCUCCUUUAUUUCCCUCUCCCCCCCCAAAAAAAACACAAUUGACCUCGAUGGACACGUCAGCUACGGCACCGUCACCGCCAAGGCAGUUCGUGAGUGGCGCGACUCGACGCCCCCCGGCUUCAAGAUCGCCAUCAAGGGCCACAAGUACAUCACACACAUGGUGAUUGGCUGGGGCAUCUUCGAGCUUGGGGACAAGCUCGGCCCCAUCCUGUGGCAGCUGGACCCCAAGUUCCGCUUCAACGCACAGAGGGCCGCGCUGUUUCUGGAGCUGCUGCCAAAGACGCUGGGCCAGGCGGCUGAGCUGGCGGAGGGGUGCAGCCACCAGGCAUCCUGCCCAACGCUGCGCCACGUGUCGCAGCACCUGUCGAAGCGGGGCCGCGAGGCGGUGACGUCCCUGCCUGCUGGCGUGGACCCCUCCACACCCAUCCAGUACGCUUUUGAGCCCCGUCACCCCUCCCGGGACUGCGACGAAUUCUACGAGCUGCUGCGCCUCCACAACGUCGCCUGCUGCAUUUCAGAGGCGGCCCCGGGCUCAUGGCACUGCUUCCACCGGAUCGACACGAGCGAUGCAUUGGUGUACGUGCGGCUGCACGGCAACUGGGAGACCUACUGCAGGUCAGCAGCAGCGCUGUAG